UCACCAUCAGCCCACAGUCAGUCGCUCUGUGCUGGGUCUGCAGGCGAGGAGUGUCCCCCCCCCCCCUCAACCCCAACGCCCGGGGUUACUCAACAAGAAGCUAUGGAUUACUUCCUGCGGGGUUCUCUUGGUUUUUAAAGCCGUUUCGGACUCUUGGAGACUUCUCGGAAACGGUGCAGGACUUCCCCGACACGAGCAGCCGUUUGAACUCGCAGCCGUUAGCUUCACGAUAUUUUACUGUUUUGAAAUCGAGCCAGUGUUUCUGUUGGUGUGUUUACGGCUGGGCAACGGGAGCGUUUCUGUGUGUCUUCUGGACGGAAAUAAUUCAAACUAGAUGAUAAAUCACUCCACACCUCACUCGAUAGUUAGCCCACUGAGGCUAGCAGGUUUCAUUUUGCUAAGCUAGCGUGGCGGCUAACUAGUAGAUAUCGAUAUUGGCAGCAGGCUAAACGCGCGUUAGCUCCCAGAGAGUCGUGUCGGGUUUAUCUUUAUUAGCUCCUCUCACCUUCUUUCUCCUACUGGAUUCGGUGUUAACCAUCCAGAGGUGUUAAACUACAUCUGUAAGGACAUUUUUGUAUGAUUGAUGAGCCGUUGGGGGACAUUUCAGUCUUACAGGAAGCCAGCAGCAGCAGCAGGAGGAGCAGGAGGAGGAGGAGGAGCAGGAGGAGGAGCAGGAGGAGCAGGACGGCAACAUAAACAACAAGAAGCGCUCUGAAGAUUUCAUGGAGUCCUGAGCUUGUGUGCCAAAACGCUUCUAAGAGAUUUGCAUUUUUUAGUUGUUGCUACAAACAGCAGCAGUGUCCUCCUCACUGAGACACAUUUCAACCUGUCACCUCCUAAUUUUCCCUUUUUCCGGUUGCAACACGUGUCCGGGUUUUAUUGUUUUCUGCUGUCACUGUGCAGCCUCUGAAAUUGGAGCAUUUCUUUUAUUUUAUUUUUUUGAAAGCGCAGUGUUUACAUUUUAAAGACACUGAAACACAUGCAGCACUGGAGAAAGACCAGUCGUCCAGGCGGAUUUCCACCAAGAGGACCAGGAGAGUCCCCCCCCCCCCCCCCCCCUCAGAGACCUGUAGGAUUUGACAGCUGUCUCCAGAAUCCAGCAUCUGGUACAUCUCUGUGAGACUAUAAAGCGAGGAAGCCUUAAAAAAACGAGAUCUCAUCUGGCCCCCUUUUUUUUCCCUUCUUGCAGCAUUUCUCUCACAAUACGCCCUGCAUGGAGAAACCUGCGUUUCUGCACUAAAUGGGAUUACAACGACGGAGAUCAGGCGGCCCUGCAUGGUGACUGUGUGUUAUUUCUGCAGUAACCUGUCACCCAAAUGUCUACCCUCCUCAAUUUCCCUUUUUCUGUCACAAUGAUGGGAGUGUGAGGGCAGCCGGAGACAACGACACCAGCCGCUCCAGUCGAUGGUCAGCCCCGCCGUCCGCUCCGCUGGGCCCCCCGUCACGCACCUUCACUGCUUCAUGUUAUCUGGAGGAGGACAUUGUUUUGUAUAAUCAUCCAAAACCAGAACCCAUCCCCAGCCCCGGGUUUUAUUUUAUUUUUAUUGAUUUGGUCGCACCAGGGUCGAAAGAUGGCGGACCUCGAAGCAGUGCUCGCCGAUGUCAGUUAUUUGAUGGCGAUGGAGAAGAGCAAAUCUACUCCAGCGGCCCGGGCGAGUAAGAAAAUCAUCCUGCCUGAGCCCAGUAUUCGCAGUGUGAUGCAGAAGUACCUCGAGGAGAGAGACGAACUGACGUUUGACAAAAUAUUCAACCAGAAAAUCGGCUUCCUCCUCUUCAAAGACUUCUGUAUGAACGAGAUCGACGAGGCCGUGCCGCAGCUCAAGUUCUACGAGGAAAUUAAAGACUACGAGAAGCUGGACUCCGAGGACGAGAGGUCGAGCCGCAGCCGGCAGAUUUACGACGGAUACAUCAUGAAGGAGCUGCUGUCCUCCUCACACCCCUUUUCUAAGAAAGCAGUGGACCAUGUGCAGAGUCACCUAAAGAAGAAACAGGUUCCCCCCACCCUCUUCCAGCCGUACAUCGUGGAGAUCUGUGACAGCUUGAGAGGGAAGAUCUUCCAGAAGUUCAUCGAGAGCGACAAGUUCACUCGUUUUUGUCAGUGGAAGAACGUGGAGCUCAACAUCCAUCUGACCAUGAACGACUUCAGCGUGCAUCGGAUCAUCGGCAGGGGCGGCUUCGGCGAGGUGUACGGCUGCAGGAAGGCCGACACGGGGAAGAUGUACGCCAUGAAGUGUUUGGACAAGAAGAGGAUCAAGAUGAAGCAGGGCGAGACUCUGGCGCUCAACGAGAGAAUCAUGCUGUCGUUAGUCAGCACGGGGGACUGCCCGUUCAUCGUGUGUAUGACGUACGCCUUCCACACCCCCGACAAGCUGUGCUUCAUCCUGGACCUCAUGAACGGGGGCGACCUGCACUACCACCUGUCUCAGCACGGCGUGUUCAGUGAGAAGGAGAUGCGUUUCUACGCGGCUGAAAUCAUUCUGGGUCUGGAGCACAUGCACAACCGCUUCGUGGUCUACAGAGACCUCAAGCCAGCUAAUAUCCUGUUGGAUGAACAUGGCCAUGUUCGGAUCUCCGACCUCGGCCUGGCCUGCGACUUCUCCAAGAAGAAACCCCACGCCAGUGU